AUGGACGGAAAUUUCAAAGCUGAACACCUGCAUCCCAUCAAGCCAUAUGAUGAAGUAUGGCUCUUUGAUGGGUUGGGGUUUAUGGUGGGAAAGGAAAGGUAUCAAAAGCAUCUUGAAGAGGCUGCUGACACUGGAAAAAUUGAGCUGCAACAAUCAUCGGGCUGUCAAUCAAGCAAAUGCAGCUCAGCACAAGCUGGAGUCCACCGACAAAUGAACAUGGACUACACACUUUGUGAGGCUGCCCAACACAACAUGGAUGGGAUUACAAGGGCUGUCACCUUCUAUGACAUCAACUGUCAAUACAACAAGCACUUGCAUGUUCAGGUGGAUCGAGGCCAAUUUCUGACAAUGAUUCCGGAAUUGACCAUCAUUCCCGGAAUCGGGCUGUGGCAUAUCCAUGGACAUCAGGAUAGCUGCUAUAUGAACAAUUCCAACUUUUGCAAGAUGAUCUGCAUGAAGAGGACCCUUUGCCAGAAAUACAAGCAGGCGAAGAAUGGCAUCGCCAAAAGUGGAAAGGCUUUCGACAGACUUGACGAAGCCGCACCAGCCAACUUAAAGACAGGCUGGUUAGCAAGUGAGAGGAUCGCUCAGUCCAACAGAAUACAAGAUCCAGCUGCAAUGGAUAUAUAUGAGAUUAAUAUCAAGAAGGGUGAGAUCACUCUGUCUCAAUCGAAGUCUGAAUUCAUUUUGAACCCAGCAUCGAGCAAAAAGGAGAUAGAGCUUAGACUGCUGCAGGAGGGUAAUGCCUGUCAUGCAGCACCUUCUCACAGAUCUGUGGCAACAUGGAUAUCAAUGGGCCUGGCAAUUGAAGAGGCUCAAAUUGCAUUGCUCAUUGAGGUCCGAAGAAUAGGAAAAAGAACUACCGAGACUCAGAGAUUAGACAUCACCCGGCAACGUGAUCGUCUACAAGGCCAGAUAGAUGCAUUCACUCGGAUUGCUGUGACGCAUCUGGGAGAGGGAUUUGAUGCAGAUGACAAUCCUGACGAUUUGAAUGUAGACAUUCUUGAUGAUCUUGAUGAUGACCCGGAGGAUUUCAUCAGGACAUCUGAUACAUGGACAAACUCCCCCGAGCUCACUGUCAUCCCAUUGCCAUCAAACCUCAGAGUAGAUCGAUGCAAACAUUGUAUGGCAGAGGAUCUGAUUCUGCUGGAGUUGUCGCUUCGUGAAGGACAGGUCAAUGAUGCCCUUCACAACCUCAAAAUUCACUUGUGCAACAAGGCAAUACUCUUCCGAACAACAGUUAGGCAAGCCAAAUCUCAAGCAUUGAAAAUCCAAGCUUGGUCCCAGGUGAUGUCAGUGCAGCAGGCGGUGUCCCUCCAUGCCAGCAUAUAUACCAAGACCAGGAAGCAAAUGAUAAAACUUGAGCUGGGCCAAGACCAGCUACAAAAAUAUAAACCCCUGCUUCGGGAGCAGCUCAAGGUCAGCAUGGCCGUCGGCGAUCCUAAUGCCCAAGGUCAGCGAAAUGAGUCUCUUGCUUGGUUCUGGUCUAUCAAAGCAGAUUUGGGGGUCCGGAUCACUCAUGGAAUGAGGAAU